AUGUACCUGAUCACUGUUUUUGGAAACCUGCUCAUCAUCUUGGCCAUCACUUCAGACUCUCACCUGCACACCCCCAUGUACUUCUUCCUCUCCAACCUGUCCUUUGUAGACAUCUGUUUCACUUCCACCACCAUUCCAAAGAUGCUGUGGAACAUCCAAGCACAGAGGAAAGUUAUCACCUAUGAAGGCUGCAUCACACAGAUUUAUUUUCUCAUCCUCUUUGCAGUGUUGGACAUUUUUCUCCUGACUGUGAUGGCCUAUGACCGCUUUGUGGCCAUCUGCCAUCCCCUGCAUUACACUGUCAUCAUGAACCCAAGACUUUGUGGACUGCUGGUGUUGAUGUCCUGGCUCGCCAUUGUCUCCUUAUUUUAUUGUACAAUGCUUGGAGUGUACCUUAGCUCUGCAGCUACCCACAAUGCACACUCAAGUGCAACAGCCUCGGUGAUGUACACAGUCAUCACACCCAUGCUGAACCCCUUCAUCUACAGCCUGAGGAAUAAAGACAUGAAGAGGGCUCUGAAAGUAUUCUUUGUGAGAGCUGCUUCCUGGGACAACCUUACAUCCCAGGAAGACAGUGGAGCUUAUACUCUCAAGAACUGCAGGACUAUAACCAAGGGAGGAAGAGUUCUUAAACAGCUACCACUUUCAGGACACAGGAGAUAA